AUGGGUGAAAUGCCAGCGGGUCUCAAGGCCUCGGUCGAAAGCUCCAAGUGCGAGUAUCGCCAGCUGGGCAAGAGCGGCCUGAGGGUUUCCGUACCCAUUUUUGGGUGCAUGAGUUUUGGCGAUAAGAACGCGCAGUCUUGGGCUUUGGGCGAAGACGAGGCAUUGCCGCUGCUGAAGGCCGCCUACGACAAGGGUUUGAACACAUGGGACACAGCUAAUGCCUAUUCCCAAGGGGCCAGUGAGGUCAUCGUGGGCAAGGCGAUCAAGAAAUACAACAUCCCUCGCGAGAAGGUCGUCAUUAUGACCAAGUGCUUCUUCGGUGUCGGCGAGCAGCCCGACGUUCGUCAAUUGUCCAAUCGGGAAGCCUUUGAGCAGUCGAAGGACUACGUCAACCAGUUCCACCUGUCCAGAGCGGCCAUCUUCAACCAGGUCAAUGCAUCUCUCAGGAGGCUGGACAUGGAUUACAUCGACCUGCUUCAAAUCCACCGCUUCGACUAUAAUACGCCCAUCGAGGAGACCAUGAAAGCUCUACACGACCUGGUCGAGUCUGGAAAGGUCCGCUACAUCGGCGCAUCGUCCAUGUGGGCCGUCAAUUUCGCACGAAUGCAAUUCGUGGCGGAGAAGAACGGAUAUACUAAGUUCAUAUCCAUGCAGAACCACUAUAACUUAAUUUAUCGUGAGGAGGAGCGCGAAAUGAAUCGUUUCUGCAAUGACACGGGAGUCGGCUUGAUCCCAUGGGCGCCUCUCUGCCGCGGACAUCUGGCCCGACCGCCAAGCGACUUCGGCUCCACAAAUCGUAGCAAGAUCGAAAAGGAUACAUCACCAGGCUCGCACGGGACCGUCGAGCCUGAUAUUACGAUCAUCAAGCGUGUCCAGGAGAUUGCGGAGAAGAGGGGCUGGAAGAUGAGCCACGUCGCAUUGGCCUGGAUCAACAAGAAGGUGUCGAGCCCCAUCAUAGGAUUCUCCAGCGUGGCGAGAAUUGACGAGGCUACUGAGGCUCGUGGCAAGAUGCUCACCGAAGCGGAAGAGAAGUAUUUGGAGGAGCUGUAUCAGCCAAAGGCAAUUACUGGACAUGUCUAA